AUGACCAGUAUCAACAGCAUACCAGACGAGAUUAUGGAAGAAAUCUUCAUUCAUGUCACUGAUAUGGACUACGACUACAUCGACAUCUUCCAAGUCCGCCUCGUUAACAUAAGGUUCUGCAAGAUUGCAACACCCCUUCGAGUCCGUCAUUGGAGUGAUCGUGGCUAUCACAGCCCUAUCAAUACAUCCCUUUCACGUACCACGCUUAACCGGUUUGCUUUAGAGCUUCUGCGGCAUCCUGAACUUCGUUUGCAAGUCAGAAGCGUACAAAUCGACUGGUUUCGAUCUGACAAUGGGAAAGAAACUCCUCGUCAUUUGAUACAACUGGACAACCUGGAUCUACUGGCCAAGGCAGCCGAGGAGACCUUGCCAGACCUUGCCAGAUCUACCGACCUGUGUGACCAGAUUCGCCAGGGCUCAGAUGAUGGCAUAGCUGUUCUCGUACUGGCUUGGACAACCAACUUGACCAGCCUGGACUUGACAAUCCCAUCGGAUUCCAGAGUUAAGGGUGACAAAGGUUACCUUAUGCUUGUUUUGUAUUUUGCGAAACAGCUCGCACUACAAUUUGUCUCUGAUGAACCCAAGUCCAGUCUGCCUUUACCCAUGGAGAAGCUGCAUACAUCGAUCUUCCGAUACUGGAAAUUCGAUAGGGAAAUACACGUGGCACAUCUCUCGCCGUUUCUACAUUUCCCGAAUCUCAAGAGUCUCAAUGCCUUGAGGAUCGGUUUCAGUAGCCUCUUGCACGCUUGCAAAAACCUGAAAGUCUUUGAUCUGCAAUUUGCUAGCUCAAUGGGCACAUGGAGUAGCACAAAGCUUGCCAGGGCUCUUGGCGAGCAUGCGUCUUCCCUUGAAGAAGUGUCACUCUCUAUACCAGACGGCGAGGACAGCACAUGGAUACCGGAUUCAGCAGAUACAGACGAGUUACCUGAAUGUUACCGAGAGCUCAAAAGGCUCAGACGUGCUGGUAUCCCCCUGGGGCACUUGCUACAGAGGGAGGACGAAAAUGAUCCUACGACAACAAAGUUGAACCCUGGUAGACUUCCUGAGUCACUUGAGCAUCUCACAAUCUUCAAGAUGAAUCUACAAUCUGUACAGGUAGAGUGGGAAUCCUUUCCAGAGUCGUUUGACGGUGCAGAUUGGGGCGGAUUUGAAUCUGAUCGGCACGAAGCACUGGUUGGUAUACAGACAAUACUUGAGGAGACUGGGCCAGGGGGGCGGUUGGAGAAACUCAAGACUAUCGACUUUUCUGAUGCAUUGUCGGACGAUCCCAUGAUAGAGGAGAUCAGACGAGUAAAAGACUUGGCCAAAGAGCGAGGGGUUGGGUUCAUUCUUGCCACUGCUUCAUCUUUGUUCAACCGUCGCCGUUGCACAAUGAACGCCACGACAUUGGGAUUGGCCGAGCGAGGCUCAUCCAUCGAUGCAGCCUCGUACAGCAUAUAUAUUCUUCUCUUCGUUUUACCUUUCCUCGUAACCUAUACCUUCGCUGUGUUGGGAAACAAAGGCUACCGUGAUGGCACGGCGGCGAGAGAGCCACCCAAGGUCCCGUACUGGAUUCCGUUUGUUGGAAAUACAAUUGGUUUUGCUUAUGAUACAGAGCGCUUUUUAUUUUCCAGCUUGCGCAAGUUUGGUAAAGUCCCUCUUCGAAUAUUCGUAGGCGCAGAGCAAAUGUACUUUAUCCCCCAUGGCCAAACAAUCGUCGAACUCUUCAAGUCUUCUCGCUAUCUCACUACCAAAACAUUUGGCAUAAUGACUGUUCGAGAUGCAUUUGGGCUUCCUCAACCCGAUGUCGAGAUUUACGCGGGUGACAAUUCUGGCGUCGACGUGAAGCCUGCGCCAGGCUGGGAACAUGUUGAGCAAAAUAAACGCUUUCACUUUGUACAACAUCGCCAGUUGAAUGCUUAUCUUUCCGGAAAUGCUCUCAGCGCUAUCAUUAGCAAGUUUACAGAGGGUUAUUCGGAUCAGAUUGCUCAAGACGCGACGUUUCAAGAGGAUGAAUGGGUAGAGGUAGAUGAUCUCUACGGCUGGUUCAAGAAUCAUCUCCUUCGCGCUACAACGGUGGCACUGUGUGGCGAGAAGUUUCUUGAGCUGUCGCCCGACUUUCUCGAAGACUUCUGGUCGUUCGACUAUCAUCUCCCCAAUCUGUUCAGAAGACUACCCCGAUGGGUCGUUCCCAAAAGCUACCAAGCCAGAGAUCGUCUUUUGGAAUGUCUGCUCCGAUAUCACGAGUACGGUCAGCAAAAUCUUGACUUUACGGAUCAAAAGCAGCUUGAAAAGGAUUGGACGCCGGAAUUUGGUGCCAAGAUUAUGAGCACGCGACAGGAGAUGUUCAAGAACAUUGGUCUCUCGCCAAGAGGUGGUGCUGCUCUUGAUGUGGGUAUGAUAUGGGCGGUCAAUGCUAAUGCCAUUCCGGCUGCUAUGUGGAUGCUUUUGGGCAUAUUGCUCGACAAGAACCUCACUGACAGGGUCAUUGCUGAGAUGGAACCUUCGUUCCAUGAGAAGUCUUUAUCUUUCAACAAUGACAGGCUUUGCUCUGGACCUCUUCUCAACUCAGUCUAUCUCGAAGUCCUACGUGUUCGAGUUGCCGCGCCAGUAGGUCGAUCAUCACUCAUCCCCAAUCUCAAAUUCGGUAAAUGGCAGAUGAAGCAAGAUGUCGGCAUGCUUUCUACAUCCUGGUUCGGUGGCCACGACCCUGACUUUUGGAACACUGGAAGCACACUCCCGGAUGGAUCGGAAGAGCAUCCUGUAGACACGUUCUGGGCCGAGAGGUUCCUCAAAUACGAAGACGAUCCCACAGGUGGUCCAGUUCGUAACACCAACGGCAAGCCUUUAACGAGACCUUCCAAGCGCACAACAGAAGACGACCGCAAAGCAAGUGUUGUUACAGAAGGAACGCAAGGAUACUUCUACCCCUACGGCGGAGGUACAAAGAUGUGUCCAGGUCGCUUCUUCGCGAAGCAAAAGCUCAUGGCGGGUGUUGCAUUGUCUCUGCGAGCUUACGAGAUUGAACUCGUCGAUCCUGAAGCAGCGGCCAAAGUUGGACCGAACAUGGAUUAUUUCCCGUUCGGUACGAUCCCUCCGAAAGGCAAGGUUGCCGCUCGGAUCAGGAGGCGAAGGCUGUGA